AUGUCCAACACACAAGUCAACGGCGACAUCCCCAACGCCUCCUCUGCCUCUGCUUUCAUUCAGCAUCUCUUGGAAUAUCCUCUUAUUAGCGACGGUGUUCACACCUUCCAGUCCAACGAGUACGGCCAGCGAUCUAUCAAGCUCGGCGACUCAGCCUACAAGACUUUCGCCGCUCCUGUCCUUCCUUGGCUUGCCGGUCCUUACCAGUACGUCUCGCCAUACGUUGCGCAUGCCGAUACCUUUGGCGACAAGACCCUCGACAAGAUUGACGAGCGAUUCCCCGUUGUCAAGAAACCUACCGCCGAGCUCUACAAUGAUACCAAGUCUCUGAUCCUCUUCCCUUACAACAAGGGUCUCGAGGGUAAGGAUCACGUUCUCGAGGUUUACUCGAGCGAGAUCAAGAAGAUUGAGCAGAAGGGCCUCAUCGCCCAGGGCAAAGCGGCUGUCACCACUGCUCUGGUGGUGAGCAACGAGACCCUCGGCUGGAUUAGCAGCUUCCUCACUGCUAAGAAGGCCGAGGCCUCCCAAGCUGUGAACGAAAAAGUCAACCAGUAA